AACGAAUUCGCGGAGUUACCAAAUAGUCUUGAUAAGGGUUGGUAGGGUGACGAUCGCGGCUUCCAUAAUUUGUUACGUUAUUACUUAUUACCAUUAGUUUUUCCAUGAAUGCUAUGUAUAUUUUUAUCGAACACAAAAAAUACUUGAUUGAUAUUUAACUUAUUUACUUAAAAAUGUCUUAAAAUUAUAUUAAAAGCUCAAUAAAUUGGAUAUACUUUCCAUGCAAAUAUGGAUAAAGCAAGUUUUCUCAAGAAAAAAAUAAGACCUGGAAAUCUUGACGUUCAUCCAACAGAAAAAGCUUUAGUUGUUAAUUAUGAUGUCGAAGCUCUUAUAUUGGGAGAACUUGGGGACCCUAUGUUGGGAGAUCGUAAGGAAUGCCAAAAAAUCAUUAGACUCAAUAGUCUCAACAAAGAUACAAAUGUUAGACUUUUAGCUAUGGAUGUAAUUAAACAAUGUUCUUUGAUUCAUUCGUCAAAAUUACCAGAAGUAGAGCAACUUAUUUAUUACCUUCAAACCAGACGAAUAAACAAUGAUGACAAUGAAGGUGGAAAGCGAUUUCCUCGACCUAUGUCUUCAAGUUCACUGAGUGGAGAGUGUGGAGAAUCAGAGCGUGCAAAUAUCAGUAACAUUGAUGCUUAUAUGGAAUUAUUAUAUGAAGAAAUACCAGAUAAAAUUAAAGGAUCAUCAUUAAUUUUACAACUAGCAAGAGUACCAGAUAACUUGCUUGAAUUGACCAAAAAUGAAUCUUUGUUGAGUGUAUUAGCAAGGCUUUUACGGGAGGAUUGGAGAAAAAGUAUUGACCUUGCGAUAAACAUAGUCUACAUUUUUUUCUGUUUUUCAACUUAUAGUCAAUUUCAUAAAGUCAUUGUUGAAUGCAGGAUUGGCUCUUUAUGCAUGGAAAUUGUUGAUUAUGAGUUGGGACGUUAUGAUCAGUGGAAAGAAGAUUUUGAACAACGUAGAAAGCAUUUUGAAAAAACUACUGGAAUGUCAAUGGUACUUGUUUCAAACAUGGAAGGUUCAGAUAAAAAAUUAAAAAAUGUUGAAGAUGUAUUAAAUUCUGAAGGUCCCGUUGAAUACAUAGUAAAAGGUCAUACAGAUGAAAAAAAUCAGAAUGUUUCUGCAGCCGAUCUCAAUAGAUUAAAAGAAGAUUUAGAAAAAAACAGAAACAAAUUUAGAGGAUUAACAAAAAAACAAGAACAAUUGCUCAAAGUUGCUUUUUAUCUACUGUUAAAUAUUGCAGAAGAUAUAGAAGUUGAGAAAAAAAUGAGAAAAAAAAAUUUAGUUGGAAUGCUGAUGAAAAUUUUUGAAAGAUCAAAUACUGAUCUUUUGAUACUUGUUGUAACUUUUCUUAAAAAACUAUCUAUUUUCAUAGAAAAUAUUGAUGAAAUGGCUGAUGGUAAUAUUGUGGAAAAACUAGUAAAACUCCUUCAAAAUAAUCAUCCUGAUUUAAUUUCAAGCAUUAUGAAACUAAUUUUUAAUCUGUCAUUCGAUGUGAAACUAAGAAAUAAAAUGAUUAAGAUUGGUCUUUUACCUAAAUUAAUCAAACUUUUGAUACAAGAUGAAAGUCAAAGAGUUACUAUUCUAGGAAUAUUAUAUCAUUUCAGUAUGGAUGAUAAAGUUAAAGCUAUGUUUACACAUACAGAAUGUGUUCCAUUUAUCACAGAUUUAAUUUUGGAAGUUGAUGAAGAUCAAAUGCAUUCAGAACUGGUAGCACUAUGUAUAAAUCUUGCAAUUAACGGUAAAAAUGCUGAAAUUAUGGUUCAAAAUAAUCGAUUGCAAGGUUUGGUAGAAAAAUCGUUUAGAAUUCAAAGUUCUUUACUCAUGAAAAUUGUUAGAAAUAUUUCUCAACACGAUUUUUUGAAAGAAAAUUUUGUUGAAUUUAUUGGAGAUUUUGCUAUGGCACUGACACAAUCAGAUUCUGAAGAGUUUGUUCUAGAAAUAAUGGGUGUGAUGGGGAACUUAACAUUGCCCGAUUUAGAUUAUUCACAAAUUUUAGAAAGAUGUAAUCUUAUUCCGUGGAUACGUAAAAAUCUUACUCCUGGUCAAGCUGAAGAUGAUUUGGCACUAGAAGUUGUGAUAUUUAUAGGUACUGCAGCAGCUGACGAAGAUUGUGCAAAAUUAAUAUGUAAAGAAAAUCUGCUUCUCUCCUUAAUUGAAUUAUUAAAAGCAAAACAAGAAGAUGAUGAAAUAGUAUUACAAAUAAUUUAUGUUUUUUAUCAAGUAUCCAAACAUGAUUCAACGCGAGAAUUUUUAAUAAGUAAAACAAAUAACGAAGCUCCUGGUUAUUUGAUUGAUCUCAUGCAUGAUAAAAAUUCUGCCAUUCGCAAAAUAUGUGAUGCUUGCUUAGAUGUUAUUGCAUUUUGUGAUAAAGAGUGGUCAGCGAGAAUAAAAGUUGAAAAAUUUCGCUCUCAUAAUCAACAGUGGCUGGAUAUGGUUGAAUCAAUAAAUGCAGAUGCCAUGACAGUUAGUUUGCCCCUUGCUGAAGAAGAUGAAGAUAACUAUGUACCUUAUUUAUCUGGAGAUCUUUUAAAGCACACCAUGCUAUUCCCAUCAGCAAAUGUUGGCAUGAAAUUAAAAUUUGAUGAUGGAGAUCCAUCUGGACUUUCCGAUGCAAUAUCAAGAAUUUCACCCCCUGAAGAAAUGGGUCGAGCUGCUAGUUGGAGCCUCAUGAGUUAAUGAAAGUUUCAAAAUCUCGCAUGUCUACAACUGUGAACAAAAAAUUCUUAUCAUCAUUAGCACCACCUGCCUACUACGUUAUUGUUGUUUUUUAAAUGUUAAUUUACAAGGAGUAGAUGUAUUAGCUUUUGCAACGAUCUACUAAUGAUAUAUCUAGUCAUUAAAUAUAUUCGUCACAUACUUGGAAAAAAUUUAGUUUUUAAGAUCAUCAUUUGUAUUGGAAAUGUGAAAACACUGUAGUGAUUUACAGAGUAAAAUUUUUUAUUGCAUUC